CUAUGAUUGACAUAUGUAUGACACAUGAAAUUAUGGAACACCAAAAAGUCUAAAACUCUAUUUGAAUAUCUGUGCAUUUAUAAGAAAAAAAUGUUUCAAUUAUAAGAUUUGUAAAUCAUUAUUAUAUCAAAGGAUAAAUUAAUUUAAAUUAUAGUAAUUUAAAUUUAUUUCACUUUUAUUUACAACCAUAAAUGCAGUUAUAUAUGUUAUAAAUGUUGAAUAAUUUUAGACAAAUUGUUAAUUUUCAAUGAGAAAAAUUGUCCAAAGGGGGGUGAAUAGCAUUGAGUAAAAACCAAGGUCCAAUUUGUCCAGUUACACUGUUACCCAUGCUGCAGACGAGCUCAACCAGACUCAUCCAGACCUCUCUUUCCCCAACCCUAAAAUCAAAAUCCCCAAUUUCAAAACUUCAUUUUGCAGACAUUCACAUCAUGCAAUCGCCAUGCAUAGAUGCUUGCAAAACCUUCAAGGGCAGCAUCUUCCAGCUGCAAUUCCAUGGAAUUCAGAUUGAUCACUGCUCCAUUUUCUCUUCUUCUUCAGCUCGCCGGCGCAGUUCUCAUCCCAGCAUCUCGUGCAAUUUCACCGCAAAUUAUGGUCAUCAAGUUGAAAAUCAGAGAAGAGUUACGGGAGUUCGAGCAAAGGGGAAGGAGAACGUGUGGAGCAUUGACAACGAGAUGGCAAGAGCGGAGAAGGAAAAGGAGAGAAUGGCGAGGAGGAGGAAGAUGAGAAAGGGAAGAAAGAGAGUGAGGCAUGUGAACAGGAAAGGUGGUAAAGUUAUGGUGUCUGGUUCAAUGUUAAUGGAAGUCGAAACAGUCUUGCAGACACAGGAGCCAGUAAUUCGACCUUCAUGGCAUACAUUUGUAAGUAGUGUUAGUGGGAUAUGGAAGGGAGUGGGAGCCGUAUAUUCACCCAUCACGGCAGAGAUGGAACCGGUUGAGAUUGGGGGCAGAAAUGAGAAUUUAUUUGAUUGCUACACUUUGUCGCACAUCGAGGCAUUGCCUUCCACUUCUGGGGUUCAGAGUACUCGAAUAAAUAGGAAAGUAAAUUGGAUCCCACUGAAUCCUUAUGGUGAAGCUAAGAGUAUUGGAGAUGUUCGUGGGAAUAAAGAACACGAUGAUGCAUCAUUGCCCCCAAUUGAAUCGUUCGACUUCGGAGGCAGUGAUGUGAUGGAAGAAGAUGUGAUGGGCAUGGAGCCUGGUCUCGUUUUCUUUGAGGAUGGAUCAUAUUCCAGAGGCCCAGUGGAUAUUCCAAUCGGAGAUUCAGAAGAGACUGAAUACUAUCUUUCUCCUACUUUCAAGUUUGAGCAAUGUUUGGUCAAAGGUUGCCACAAGAGACUGCGCGUAGUACAUACUAUAGAGUUCAGCAGUGGUGGUUCAGAUAUCCAAAUAAUGAGGGUUGCGGCAUAUGAAGAAGAAUGGGUCAGCCCGUCCAAUAUCCCCAUCACCAGUGAGCUGGCAUUGGACCUGAAGCCCUUCUCCCAGAGAAAAAGGGUGCAACCAUCGGAACUCACGGGCUCCUGGAAAGUGUUUGAGGUGAGCGCCACGCCAAUCUACGGUGAGGAUCUAACAAUCGAGGAAGGGAACACCGCCCCAUACGUGUACCUCUGCACGGAGAAUCUGAACAAGAGGAGCCUUCCCGAGAACCCAGUUUACUUCCGGGAGGAGGAGAUGGUGGAUAUGCAGGACGUGAGUGUCCUGUGGCUGCCAGGUGGCGUGACAGCCUACGUGGACGUGAAGAAGGACGGUGUUCUGUGCAUAGGGGUCGGGUGGUACUCAGAUGAAGGGAUUAACCUAGUGAUGGAGAGGGACUAUGGGUUGGACGGGAAGCUUAGGGAGGUGAGGUCCAAGUCCGAGAUGAAGAGGAGGUGGACAAAUCCUCCCCCGAUGUAAGAACCUCUAUCUAUCUAUCUCUCUCUCCUAAAAUAGUUGGUCUUUAUGGAUCGAGGAAUAUUUUGGUAAUUGUCAUUGAUAAUUUUGAUUCCUACCACGCUAAAUAUGUGCAUGGUAGGAAUUUAUACCUUUUUAGCAACGUAAUGGGUGGUUAAUACACACGUGUGACAAAGGCAUCACAUCAUUUUUAAAAUCAACGACUCAUACAGUUGCACAGCACAUUAUUUUAAAACCUACACAGGCGAGCUUGCUUUGGAAGAAAGAAGAAGAAGAGAUAGUCGACUUUUUUCGAGCGAAAUGCAAGGAUUAAGUAUGAAUUGAGAGGAAAUGCAAGGAUUGAGUAUGAAUUGAGAGGAAAUGCAAGGAUUGAGUGAAGUGAUCUGUAGAAAU